AAAGGAAAAGAACAGAAUCAAAGCCAGCAAAGAUUAUGGAUUCACAAGCGCAGUUGCAACGUUCUCAUGCUCAUCAUCAAGCAGAGGAGCCGAUUAAAAUUCACCAUCCAGAGAAAGGAGAGCAUCAUGAGAAAGGACCAUCGAAAGUUCUAAAGAAAGUGAAGGAAAAAGCAAAGAAGAUCAAGAACGUUCUUACAAAACAUGGACAUAGUCAUGAGCAUGAUUGUGGAGAGCACAUCCCCGACGAUCAUGAUCUAGACCAGGAAGACGAUGGAGAUAACUACGGAGACCAACAAAUCCACGGCGGUGCACCAGCACGAGGAAAGGCUCACAAUCCGGUGAAGGAUGAGAUAGUCCCUCCAGGCACAAAAGCUUUUCCAGUUUUGUCCUCUUCACAUACGAAACACACUGAGCCAAUAAGAGGAGUUGGGCACGAAGCACUAUCUCAUCCUGUAAAACACUCCGGCGUACCUAAAAAAGAAGAAAUCAGAGGAACAUCUACUUUGACGCCGCAUAACACACCCGUCUCUCUGCUCUCUGCCACAGAAGAUGUGACGAGAACUUUUGUACCUGGCGAAGACAAGUCUCGAGACCAACGUAGAGUUAACAUCGAGCGACCAAGAGGACUUGAGCAAAAUCCAGCUGCCCCGGGAUCUCAUGGUGGGAUGUCGAAUUAUCAGUCCAAAGUCACUGAUCCUACCGGAAAACCUUCUGGAGAAACUGGAGCAGCAACAACCGUCUCAGCUCUUGGAAGGUUAGGGUUAGGAACUGACUUGGGGAAGAAGAGCCAUGGGUUUGAUAUGAAAUCGGGACCUGAAAUGGAGAAGCACUCACCGACCACCGGAAACUAUGGAUCUAGAUUGCGGAAAGAGUCUCCGGAGAGGAGUGGUGAACUUGAUUUGGGAAAAGAUUUGCCGACGAGAACUCAAGGUGUAAGGAACCCCGAGGGUUUUGAUUCGAAAGCUGAGGGGAGAGGAGAUGAGAUGCAGCAGUCGAAUCAGAGCAGUUACACCGAUAAGAUCGCGUUAGCUACUUCAGUCGUAGCUGACAAAGCUGUAGCUGCUAAGAACGCCGUCGCUUCGAAGCUGGGUUACUCUGGUGAAGGCGGCGAGGGACAUGAGAGUCGUGUAAAAGGAGACGAGACUCUUAGCUCCGGCGGUGGAUAUGGGAGUACGGUCGCAGGUAUGGUGACUCCAGUUUACGAGAAGGUGAAAGAGACCGGAGCUAGUGUAAUGACGAAAUUGCCAUUCUCCGGGACCGCUGGAACUGGUACGGAAACGGGACAAGAUAAGGGCGUGUCGGCUAAAGAAUAUCUGACAGAAAAAUUAAGUCCGGGAGAAGAAGACAAGGUUUUGUCAGAGGUGGUCACUGAAAAGCUUCAUCUUGGAGGAGGCGGCGACACGGCGCCGGCGAAGAAAGGGAUAGUGACACAAUCGGAGGAGGUAGAGAAAAGGCUAGGAGGAUUUAAAGAUCCGAGCUCGGAAGCAGCAAUGAAACACGGCGAAGCUUAUGCGGAAGAAGGCCAAGGAGGGAUGGCGGAGAAGCUGACUGGAGCUGUAACUUCUUGGCUCGCUGGAACGACGGAGGAAGUGACGCAAAAGUCUACAGAGUCUGUUCAAGACUCUUCACAGUCACUUGGCUCCACCGUUGGGAAAAAAAUGGGAAUUUCGGGUUCUGGAGGAGAUGAGGCAGGCCAACGAGGCGGCAAUGGUGGUUCAGUGCCUUUGCAGAGGAGAUUUCAACAUUCUGAAAACUGAGAUUUGCUUCUUUUUAAAAACGUAUGGGUUUGUAAUGGUUUCCAUCUUAAUGUGUUUUGUGGUUCGAUCCCUGGUUUAUUUUGAUGUA